AUGGAUGCCACCUCAACCCCCCAAUCAAAUGAUAUCGAUAAAAAGGCAUUGCCAGAAUGCAUAGUUUUCCCAGCGCGCAAAGAGCACACCGCUACAGUCAUUAUCAGUCAUGGACUAGGAGAUACAGCCAAGAAUUUUGGCCGUUUCUUGAGAGAACUUAAAGACCAUAGUGACCUUGGUCACGUCAAGUUCAUAUUACCCUCAGCACCUGUGAUGUCUGUCACCGGUAUGCAGGGGAGGGUCAUGCCAUCUUGGGCCGACGUGUACUCAUUUGACUACAUCAAUCGACAGGAGGACGAAGAUGGUCUUAUGCGGGCUGUCAGUUGGAUAAAGCACCUCAUAAGAAUUGAAGAAACAGAACACAACAUCCCUUCAAAACGUAUCAUCAUUGGUGGUUUGAGCCAAGGGGGAUCAAUAUCGAUACUGACCGCCAUCACCACUGAGAAGCCUCUUGGCGGCCUGUUUGCCUUGAGCACCUAUGUCCCAUUGAGGCGGAAGAUCUUGACCCCUCACGCCAAGAAUAUUCCCAUACUGUGGUGUCACGGAACAGGCGACCAACUAGUAUCUAUCGAUGACUGGAAGCAAUUGGCUCAGACCCUGGCCCAACAGCUUUCUGUUCCGUUCAUUACAAGUGACUACCCAAAUGAUUUUCCUGCUAUGGAUCAGGAUACUAGCUUUAAAAACGAUGAUGACAUGCAAAAUGAUGGCGGGAGAUUACAUUUUCGCUCAUACGAAGGGAUGGGCCACACGAUAGUGAACGAAGAGCUAGUAGAAGUGGCAGCAUGGAUUUCCCGUCGUAUUCCAGGUGAACCAGGUCCCUCAAAGGCGGGUUGCCUGCUAUGUUGA